AGUGGGAUCUUGUUUCACUCUUGCUGGCUUUCUGCUCCCCCAGCACAUGCUGGGGGUGGCAGACCAGAAAGACGCAGCAGGAGAGACAAUUGGAGACCAUGUAAUUGUUUCACUUGGUUGGGAUGGCAGCAUCUGGGCCACCCAAUCUCUUUGUGGGGGAGAUGGGAGCUAGGGAGCUUCCAAACCUCCAUUUGCCUGGAUCCCGGGUGGAACAGACAAGCAGUGUGACAUGGCAGCAGGACACGGCCGGCAACUGGACACGCCUGGAAGGGUCUGCUACUCGCUCAGAAACCACAUCCAGGGGUGCUGAGGCUCAGCCUGUCACCACUUUGCGGGUCACAAACCCCAGCAAAACCGCUGGAAACCAGCAGCACCUACACCGGGAGUUGCUGUUCACCCAUCGCAAAGGCCUGAGCCUUCGAUCAAAGCCAGAGCUGCUCCAGGUUCUAGAGCAUCGGAACCGGCGCCGGGAUGGGACAGAGAGUGGCUUGAAACCAUCCCCUCUUGAGCAGGAGCUUCUGCGCUGGCAGCAGAGACGGGAACAGCAUCAACAGCAGGAAGCAACAGGAGAUCCCGGUGGGAGCCAACCAGAGUUCGUAAAGGUCCGGGAGAAAUUACGAAGUACACAGCAACGGGAUCCCUCUCCCCAGCAUGCAUCCCCUUCCUUGAUAUCUGUUCCUUUCCCACGCCUUCAUCACCCCAACAGGAAGCCCUCUCAGUUCCCAGUCAAGCACCCUCCUGUAGCCCUACAGGCUGCAGCUUCACAUCCUCUGAGUUCCCUCAAGGCCUCUAGUCUUCCCUCAGUCCCAUCAAAACAUUCCCUUGCCAAUAAUACAUGACUGCCUCCCACACAUGCCCCUUCUACCACGAAUGCUUCAUCAGGUGGUUAAACACAUAACACCAAGCUGCAAUGUGUUCAUGUUGAGGUGAGGGGCUUAUUCAACAAGCUUGGUUUAUAAACUUGGUGUAGCAUCACAUGGGAAUGCAACUCCUUCCUCCUGUUCUUCCAGAUUUGGGGAGGGAAUCUCAGAAGGAUGUGAACUUUGUCUCCACUCCCAUUUGUGAAAAUAGAAAGGAAAAAGGUUGGUCAAGUGUGUGAAUUCCAUUUCUUUUUUUUUUUUUUUUUGUGGUCUAUGAAAGAAUUAAAAAAAAAAACAUACACAU